CGAUAACAAUCCGCCUUGCCGGGCUAGACAAGGUGAAGCCGGACUGUCUGCGCCACUCGACACAUCCUCACCCGCUCUUCUGACGCCCGGUGCCCUUGGGUGAGGUGACGCGCUACGCGAACGCAUUGACUUUGGCUGCCUCGGGCCACCAGCUGGGCUGCAGGGUGCUGCUUCCUACCCCAGAUUCUCUCGCCGCGACACCAUGGGCGUCAUCAAGAAGAAGACGGCCGUCCGGAGCACCGAGGGCGGCGUCAAGUACGUCUGCGACAUUUGCUCCGUUGACAUCACCUCGACCGUUCGCAUACGCUGCGCCAACCCCGCCUGCAAUGAAUACGACCUCUGUGUGCCCUGCUUUUCCGAGGGCAAGAGCUCCCGCGACCACGACCCGCGCACCCAUUCCUAUCACGUCAUCGAACAGCACUCAAUACCCAUCUUCACCGGCGACUGGGGCGCCGACGAGGAGCUGGCCUUGCUCGAGGGUGCUGAGACGUACGGCCUGGGAUCAUGGGCGGACAUUGCCGACCACAUUGGCGGCUUCCGAACCAAGGACGAAGUGCGCGACCACUACAUCGAUACCUACAUCAACAGCUCGACGUUCCCGCUGCCUGAACAUGCCAGCCCGGAGGAUACGCGUCUCAGCGAAGAAACGCCUCGAGAGGAGUUCCAAAAGCGGAAGAAGCGGAGGAUAGAAGAACGGAAGGAUGCUGCCAAGAAUGCGCCACCUGCGACACCGAAACAGAAACCCACGGCCAGUGUACCCGCAUGUCACGAGGUUCAAGGGUUUAUGCCGGGCCGCUUGGAAUUUGAGACAGAGUACUUCAACGAGGCCGAAGAGGCCGUGCAACACAUGCAGUUUGAGCCCGGCGAUGGCAUCAAUCCAAAGACUGGUGAGCUGGAACCGGAGAUGGAGCUGAAGAUGACCAUCAUGGACAUCUACAAUGCCCGCCUCACUGCUCGUGUGGAGCGCAAGAAGAUAUUAUUUGAGCACAGGUUGCUCGAAUACCGCAAAAACCAGGCCCUGGACAAAAAGCGGACAAAAGAAGAACGGGAUCUGCUAAACAAGGCCAAGCCAUUCGCACGCAUGAUGAGGCAUUCGGACUUUGAGGAGUUCACAAAAGGCCUAGAAUAUGAACACAAUUUACGUCAAGCGAUUUCACAGCUCCAAGACUGGAGGCUUAUGCAAAUUACCAACCUGAAGGCCGGCGAGAAAUACGAGGCAGAAAAGCAUCAACGGUUGCUCAGAGGGCCGCCUGUCGGCUCCUUUGACAGGUUAGCCGCCACGCGCAUCAACAAGCCACCGCUACCUGUCGAAACCACGUCCGCAACAUCCGCUUUGACGGCUCCUGAUCUUGCGAUCCGGCCCCUCAACGCACAGCCAACGCCACCCACAUCCGCAUCGCCGGGCGAGAAGCCCCUCACGAAUGGCAAUGCGAAUGGUGUUUCGGAGGGCAACCACAAACAAAAGUUCCAGGCGCAGCCAAUACAAGGCGUCCCUACCCUGAAGCUCAACGACGAAAACGCAGCAGACCUGCACCUGUUAUUACCGGAGGAGCGUGAGCUGUGCGUGGCGCUACAUCUCAAGCCCAAGCCCUAUAUCGCCAUCAAGGAGGCGAUGCUGCAGGAGGCCAUCCGGCAAGGGGGUAGCAUCAAGAAGAAGGCGGCACGGGAAAUCUGCAAGAUUGACGAGAGAAAGGGCGGGAGGAUUUAUGAUUUCUUCGUGUACAGCGGGUGGAUCACGAAAGCGUAGACUACGAGUACAAGCAGCUGUUUGCGGGCGGGCUUCUGGAUACCCCCUGGCGGUUCUCUUGCAUGUGACAGAGGCUCCGGGACCGUGGGAUUGACGCUCGGGCGUAGGGCGAAAAGGUACACGAUAGAGACGAGUGAAGUAGCGUGGCUGUACGAGUACACGAUGUCAAGUUCCUUGUUUGUUUGCCUC